GACACCAUAUCAAAUGGUAAACAUAAUGGUCUCGCGUGCAAAUGUCUUGUGCCGACGGAGAAGAUCAUUCAUGAAAUUAAGUUUUUCUUCAACGUUUUAGGUUUUUGUGAUCUUUGAAUAAGGUCAGUAAGUCAACCAUGCUGACUUCCAGGAGUUUUGUGAAGAAGACUCGGAAAGGAGGAGUGAUGAAGGUUGUGAGGGAGCACUAUCUGAGGGACGAUAUUUGGUGUGGAUCCGCUGUUUGUUCCAAAUGCUCAAUGGAUAAGCCGGUCUUGGAGAAGGAGCCCGUGCCCGAAGUGGCAAACACGUUGUGCCGCUAUCCUCAUUAUCUCCUUCUUGAUACAAAUGUAGUUUUGCAUCAGGUGGAUAUACUGGAGGACAAAGCAAUUAAAAAUGUCAUUCUCCUGCAGACAGUUCAGAAUGAGGUCAAACACAGAAGUUUGCCAUCGUACAAAAGGAUACGAGAUCUCAUUGCAAAUGACAAAAAAAAGUUCUAUGUAUUCACAAAUGAACACCACAGAGAGACAUAUAUUGAGAUCGAACCAAAGGAAUCUCCUAAUGACUUCAACGAUAGAGCAAUACGGAAGAGCCUUACUUGGUAUGAUAAUCACUUCAAAGACACUAAGAUCAAGAUUGUCCUACUCACCAAUGAUGUUGAUAAUAGAGACAAAGCAAGGAAAGAGGGUUGUAUGGCAUACACAGUCAAUGAAUAUGUGAAGGCAAUGGAAGGCAGACCUGAGCUGAUGGACAGACUGGCUCAGAUUGAAACCAAGGAAAGACAACGCAAGGCUAAUGAUAGUGACAUCACUGCACCAGGAGGUAAGAACGUUCUUUAUCCAGAGCACCUGAGCUCUUGUGAAAUCAACACUGGUAUCAAGGAAGGGAGAUACAAGAAAGGGACCUUCAAAGCAAGCAGAGAAAACUUUAGGGAGGGAUACGUCAGUGUACAAGGAGUGGAUAAAAUGGUUUUCAUCAAAGGACUGGCCAAUCAGAACAGAGCUGUACAGGGUGAUAUUGUAGCAGUAGAAAUUCUUCCAGAGUCUCAAUGGACAGUGCCCUCUACUGUUAUUGCAGAAGACAAGGGAUCAAAAGAAGAUGUACUAGAUGAGGAUAUUGACAACUCAAUCAGCAGCCCUAAGAAGGGAGCAAUACCUACAUGUCGUGUUGUUGGUAUCAUCCAGCGUAAUUGGCGGCCAUUUUGUGGUGUUAUUAUGCCUCCUGCAGUCCAAGGGGGCACCAGACAUCUCUUCAUGGCAGCUGAACGGCUUAUACCAAAGAUCCGUAUUGAGACACAGCAGUAUGAGACAUUGAAAGGUAAUAGGAUUAUAGUCAGCAUAGACUCAUGGCCAAGAGAUUCUAGGUAUCCUCGAGGUCAUUUUGUUCGGAACCUUGGUGCAAUUGGAGACAAAGAAACUGAAAAUGAGGUGUUGUUAUUGGAGCAUGACGUACCUCAUCUUCCUUUCUCUGAAGCAGUGCUAAGUUUCUUGCCAAAACUACCAUGGACAAUCACAAAAGAGGAUGAAGCUGCAAGAGAAGAUCUGAGGCAUAUAGACAUCUGCAGUGUAGAUCCUCCUGGCUGUACAGACAUUGAUGAUGCCCUUCACUAUAGACCAUUGGAAAAUGGCAAUGCAGAGGUUGGUGUUCACAUAGCUGAUGUCAGUCAUUUUAUUAAGCCAGGAAAUGCCUUAGACACAGAGGCCUGUAACAGAGGUACAACAGUUUAUCUUGUUGACAGGAGGAUAGACAUGGUACCAGAUCUUCUAAGUUCCAACCUCUGUUCUCUGAGGGGUGGAGAGGUAAGGUUUGCCUUCUCAACACUAUGGGAGAUGACCCCUGAAGCUGAGAUUGUCAAUGUCAGAUUCACAAAGAGCAUCAUCAAGUCAAGGGCAGCAUUCACGUAUGAAGAAGCACAGAACAAGAUUGAUGAUAAAUCCCAGAAUGAUGCUCUAGCAAUAGGUCUAAGAGGACUCAACAGGAUGGCCAAGAUUCUCAAGCAAAAGAGAAUUGAUAAUGGAGCUCUGACGUUAGCAUCAUCUGAGAUCCGUUUCAGUAUGGACAGUGAGACUCAUGAUCCUAUAGAAGUUGAGAGAAAAGUCAUGAGAGAAACCAACUCCAUGGUUGAAGAGUUCAUGUUGUUGGCUAACAUCUCUGUAGCCCAGAGGAUAAGACAGGAGUUUCCUCUGAGUGCUUGCCUUAGAAGACAUCCUGUUCCUCCACCUUCAAACUUUGAACCAAUCAUCAAAGUCGCUCUCACAAGGGGCUUUGAAUUGCAGGUUGACAGUGGUAAAGCACUCGCUGAUUCCCUGGACAAGGCCAAUAUUCCUUCCAUUCCAUUCUUCAACCAGUUAUUACGUAUGAUGACAACGCGAUGCAUGACACAAGCACUCUACUUCAGCAGUGGGAUGCUAAAGGAAGAUGAGUACCUACAUUUUGGUUUGGCCUCACCAAUCUACACUCAUUUUACAUCUCCUAUUAGAAGAUACUCUGACGUGAUUGUCCAUCGGAUGUUAGCCGUUGCAACCGCAGCUGAUUCCUGCUACCCAAAUCUCUUAGACAAGGCCAAGAUUCAGGAGAUCUGUGACAAUUUGAAUUAUCGUCAUAGGAUGGCACAGUAUGCAGGUAGAGCAUCAGUGGAUUUACAUACUCAGGUAGGAACGUAUUCCUCACUGUGCGGUGUGAACACAUCAGUGUGUGUAUUUGUGACCAUAUGAAAGAGUUUCUCCUAGAAUGUAUUUGUGGUUGUGUGUAAUUUGUUGCUAAAAAGUUAUGUGGUGUGAACACAUCCGUCUAUGGUCAGUUUGUGUGGACUGUAGGAGAGUCUUUGGCCCGAAUUCACAUACAUGUAGAUAGUUUUAUAAACCAUUGGUUGAACCCACGGUUAAGUAGAUUUCCUUUAUAAAUUACGCCUAUUUACCGCGUAUAUUAAAAAAUGUCCAAUGCCGAUACGCGUUUUUGUCACACUGCGCCAAAGUGAUGCCUGCUGCCAUUGUUAAGUAUGCUAUUUUAUUCAUGAGUCCACUGUUUUGAAUUAGUAAGUCCACUUUUCAAACAGUUGACUCAUGAAUAAAAUAAUGUACUUAACCAUGGCAGUAGGCGUCAAUUAGGUGCAAUGUGAUAAAGGCAUGCAUCAGUAUUGGACACAUUUUCCUUAUACGCGGUAAAUUAAGUGUAAUUUAUACAGGAAAUCUGCAUAAACCAUGGGUUCAACCGGUGGUAUUAAAAACCACCUUUUUGAAUUCGGGCCAUUGUGUUUCUCCAAGGAUAUAUUUGUGGUUGUGUGUAAACAUUGUUUUUGAGAACUUAACCAUGUGAAUGCUUUAUGAGGAUCCACAUGCAUGUGGAGCUUAUUGCCUUGCUUGUUAAAAGACUUAGCUGUGAUUACUGGAAUCCAUAAUGAAUUGAAGAUGAUCGUGACAAUCUUGCAUAUGCAAAACCUAUCUAUGUAUAUUUGAGAAAUAUCCUUGAUGAAUGAGGUGGUGUGAACUUAUUCUUGAUCAGAAGGAUAUGUUUGUUUAGUAUGCUCAAUCUUCAUGUAAUAACAUGUUGAUAAACAUGGCGUUAUCUGUGACAAAAUAUGAUGAUUGAAUGGCAAACCAUUUACCAUUUCCAUGAUUUUAGGUUGCAUUGACGACUUCACAACAACAUCUGUAGGCCUUUUAUCCUACAGUAGAUAUAAUAAGACAAAUUUAUAUUGUGAAUUAUUCUACUAUGCUUUGAUAAGAUCUCCUAUUGGUUAAACUAAAGAGAUUGCUCUACCUCAUUGCUACCUGACACAGAUGAUUAUCCGAUAUUGAUUUCAAAAUUGGAACAGAAUACAACUUUUUAUUGAAGAUAAAAAACAAACAAACUCAGUAAAUCAAAUAAUGAUUAAUUGAUUUAUCAGCUUUGAUGUUUCCAUUGAUUUUUUUUCAAGGUACUAGAUGAAAGAUUAAGAUAAUUCAAGUUUAGUCUGCAUGACUCAUUCAUAUAAAAUCUGGUUUCUCUUGCACUUAAAUACAAUGAUAUUCAAGAAAAUAGAAUCAAGGAGUAAAUAUAUUGUAUAAUGGAUACAAAAAUUUGAAAAAAUGAAUAAAUACUGUGAAAGCAAAAUUGGAUAUUGUUUAUUUCCAAUUUUUUGUUGCAGCAUAAUAUCGAAUUAUAAUGGCAAUACACCUGCAAAUUACAAAAUAUUAUAAUUAUCAUCCUCAUAAUAUUUCUUUGUCAUCAUCCUCUAUGAAUACAUAUAUGUUUUGAUAAAAUGAAUAUAUGCAGAUGAAUUCUAAAGAUGAUAUUUCAUUAAAAGGUUCCCAGAUAAAAAAUAUCCCAUUCUUGUAACUAGUCUGUGACGUGGGGACAAAGUGCUGAUGAGGCUGGAAAGUGAAAACCAUUAAAAAGAAAAGAAAGAGAGAGAGAGAGAGAGAAAUCAUCAGAAUGACUGUGUUAAACUCCAGAGCGGGUGUAUGAACACCCAAUAAAUGGGCUUCAAAUUAAUUUCUUUGAAUCCUAAAUGGUAGAAAGGUAAAUAAUAUGCGAAAUUUGAAUUAAAGAAAAAGAGUUCUCUCCUAUGAGAUUUGUCCAUCAAAGUUUACACAAUAGCGCCCUCUAUCAGCAAUUGUUACAUGUACUUGCCACGUUAAUUGUAUGCAUGGCAAUCAUCCAUCCCACCCCAUCACUCACAGUCAAACUCCGCCCACAAUCUGAUUAAGUACACAUUUCAAUGCGAUUGUGUGUGUUUGUGUGUCAAAUAAGGCUUGGAUGGUUAUAGUUAGACCACGCCCCCAUAGUUGAUUGUGAUGCAGAUUUAAAAAAAAUCAGGUGAUCAAAAUUUCUGUAUAGGCAUCAGCACAGCUGGCAUGUGUGGGCAUUUAGCCCAAGUAUUUUCUGCCAUGUGUUAGAAUACUGUAGGGGGAGAGGAAAGGAAGUGUAGGCCUGUUUUUAAAUAUUUGUUUUCAGGAAGAGAACACAG